AGUUUCACUGGUCGGCGGAGUACGUUGGUAUCACAAUUUCGUCAGUAAAAUGGUAAAAAGCACGAGAAAACGAAAAAAGUCGCGAAGUCCUUUAUUGUGCACCUUAGCUGUGCUUUUUGCAUCAGUUGUUAUCGCAUUUUUUAUGGACACAAAAACAUAUAAUGUAACAAAGCCGACUGUAACGAUUGUGGCGAACAAUGUCGAUAACAACGGAGAUCCCAUAACGGAACCUUUUAAAGGCGCUGAACAAAAGGAAAGAUUUGCCCACCUGGUGCCCCCAAAAAAACAAGCGAGACGUUUUCCAAAACCGUAUACAUCAACUAAAAACAAAUCCAAUGAAUUGAAUAAAAUUUACAUUGAUAAAAAUUUUUUUAAUUUGCCCCUAGUCACGGGUGCCUUAAAGGAUUGGCAUAAUUACGUGGCUAUAGAAUUAGAUAAAAAACGAGAAGGCUUAGGAGAACAGGGUGCUCCAGCUUCCCUUAACAACGAAACUCUCGCCGAUCUACAAAAACAAUUAUACAUGGAAAACGGCUUCAAUGCUCUGCUUUCAGACUUUAUAUCAGUUAACCGUUCUCUGCCUGAUACCAGACCUGAUGGGUGCCAAUUAAAACAUUACCUCGCCCAGUUGCCCACUGUAGCCGUUGUCAUACCAUUCUACAAUGAAUAUCCCAGCGUUUUGUAUCGCACAUUACACAGUAUAGUUAAUCGCACGCCAGCGGAACUUUUACAUCAAAUAAUCAUUGUUGACGAUUUUAGUGACCGUGAAUAUCUUCAGCAUGACUUGGAACAGUAUUUAUUGCGUCAUUUCAAAGAUGUAGUUCAUCUUAUCAGAUUAAAGCGUAGAACGGGAUUAAUUGGAGCUCGCUUAGCCGGAGCUAAACAAGCCAUGGGAGAUGUUAUAGUUUUUUUCGAUUCUCACAUAGAAUGCACCAACAAUUGGUUGGCUCCGUUAUUAGAGCCAAUCGCUUUAGAUCAUAAGAUAGUCACUUGUCCCAUUAUUGACGUAAUAGAACAUGAAACAUUUCGAUAUAGAUCAUCUUAUAACGCGGGUGCUAGAGGUGUAUUUGAUUGGACAAUGGCAUAUAAAGCUUUACCUCAACUGCCUGAGUUUAAAGAAGAUUCUAGUAGACCUUAUCCUAAUCCCGUUAUGAUGGGAGGACUGUUUGCUAUUAAUCGUGAGUUUUUCUGGGAAUUAGGAGGUUAUGAUGAAGAGCUCGAUAUCUGGGGAGCUGAGCAAUACGAACUUAGCUUUAAAAUCUGGAUGUGCGGAGGCAAAUUAUAUGAUGUACCCUGUUCAAAGGUAGCACACAUAUUCCGCGGCCCUAUGACAGAAAGAAAAAGCCCAAGAGACUACAAUUUUGUGGCCAGAAAUCACAAACGUGUCGCAGAAAUAUGGAUGGACGAUUUUAAACAUUUCUUUUAUCAACGAAAUCCCAAUGUUUAUAACAAUUUAGAUCCAGGCGAUUUAUCAAAACAGAAAGCUUUACGCGAACGACUGCAGUGCAAAUCAUUUCAAUGGUAUUUAGAUAAAAUAAUUCCAGAUUUAUUAAGAACGUAUCCUACGCAGGAACCAGAACCUUAUGCGUCUGGUACCUUACAGAGCUUAGCGUAUCCGCAAUACUGUUUAGAUAAUUUGAACGGUAAAAGUAAUUCGCUUGUAGGGGUUUAUCCAUGCGCCGAAAAUAAAACUCAUCCACAACGCAAUCAAUAUUGGGUCUUAAGCUCGCAUCGUGAUGUUCGCUUACUUAAUGGCGAUCUCUGUCUCGAUGUUCAGGACACAAAACCGAAUUCAAAAGUUUGGCUAUGGAAUUGCCACCAACAAGGUGGCAACCAAUUUUGGUUUUACGACCACAAAUAUAAGUGGCUAAUACAUGGUCGCAGUGGCAUCAAUUGUCUAGAGAUUGUGAAUCAAAAUGGAAAUUUCACAGUUGUGGUUAAUGCUUGUGAUAACUCUAAUCCCAACUUGAAAUGGAUUUUUGGGGCGGCCAAUGAAACUUUAUUAGAUGGAUUUUAUGAUGAUUUAGAAUAA